AUGCAGCUUUUCGUCAAGUCGGCGUCCGGCAGGACCAUUGCCGUUCAGGCUUCCACGCAAGAAACCGUCGCCAGUCUCAAGUCCAAGGCCGGUAUCUGCAAUGGCACCCUCUUCUUUGGUGGCCAGUGCCUCUCUGACGAGGCCAUGCUCGCCGACUACGGCCUGCAGCGUGAAAGCACCAUUCAGGUGAUGGUUCCUGUUGAGGGUGGCAAGGGAAAGAAGAAGAAGAAGAAGGUCUUUACAAAGCCCAAGAAACCGACGCACAGGCACAAGCUGGAGAAGAUGCGGGCGCUCAAGUACUUUAAGGUGACGGAGAACGACGACGGCUCCUACGAGGUGCAGCGCACCCGAGACGAGUGCCCCAAUCCGAGCUGUGGGGCUGGCGUCUUCAUGGCGCAGCACAAGGAUCGCAAGUACUGCGGCAAGUGUUACUUGACGUACGCCGCCAAGUGA